AUGUCCGUCAACGGCUGUGGGGCAUCAUGUGGAAAAUGUGACUGCAGCGGUGUUAAAGGAGUCAAGGGUGAACGUGGACUCCCUGGUCUUCAAGGUAAUAUGGGUUUUCCAGGAAUUCAAGGAAAUGAGGGGCCGAUCGGACCAAUUGGGCCCAAGGGAGAGCCAGGACAAUUUGGCGCUCCUGGAAAUAAAGGAGUCCGAGGCCCUCCUGGUCUUCCAGGUCAUCCAGGAAUUCCAGGAUUACCUGGAAUCAAUGGAAACGAUGGUCCAGCUGGUGCUCCAGGUAUCCCAGGAUGCAAUGGGACGAAAGGGGACAGAGGAAGAGAUGGCAUUCCCGGUUUUGAUGGUGUUCAAGGACCUCCUGGCAUUCCAGGGCUUCCUGGAAUGAAGGGGGAUGCUGGUGGUGUGAUUGGUGUUAUUCCUCUGAAAGGAGACAGAGGCUUCCCGGGCACUCCUGGACUUCCUGGUUCCCCUGGAGCACCCGGGCCUAUUGGUCCUCCAGGACCUCGGGGCUACGUUGGACCCAAAGGUGAUGUUGGACCACCAGGCCCCCCUGGAGAAAAGGAUGACAAGCUGUCCUUUGAGAGUGAGAAAGGAGAUAAGGGUGAGAGAGGCUUCCGAGGCCCACCAGGUCCUCCCGGACCGCCUUCGCCAGGUGUAGAGGGUCCUGGCACUGAAUUCAUCGGACCACCGGGACACCGAGGAUUUCCAGGAGAGAAAGGAGAGAAAGGCAUUUGUGAUAUAUCUCAGAAUGGAGUUAAGGGUGAUCCAGGCCCACCAGGACCAAUUGGUAAACCUGGCAAGGAAGGCGAUGAUGGGCGAAAGGGAGAAAAGGGCUACCCUGGACCUCCGGGAUUCAGUGGACCACCGGGUGAAAAAGGAGAAAGAGGACCUCCUGGAUACGCAAGCGGUGCCCCUGGCCCCCCUGGUCCCCGUGGUGUCCCUGGUUCACAAGGAGAAAAAGGUUUUCCUGGACCUCAGGGAGAACCAGGGCCACCAGGACGCUACAUUGAAGGCCCUCGUGGAGAGACUGGUCAAAAGGGCGAUGUGGGUCAGAAAGGAGACAGGGGUAUAGAAGGAGAUUCUCUGGUUGGACCCCCUGGGCAACCGGGCGCAGAUGGACCACCUGGACCUCCAGGGUUACCUGUUGACCUUAAUGAAUGCACCAAUGCAAAAGGCGCUCCUGGCCCACCUGGACCUCCGGGGCUUCAAGGAGAAUUGGGACAGAAAGGUGAUAAAGGAGAAACUUGCACCCUGUGUGAAGGGUUCGGACCUGCAGGAUUACCUGGCCCUCAGGGCCUUAAAGGAGAGCGGGGACCACCUGGUCCAGUUGGAGCCAAAGGAGACAAGGGGCAGUCUGGACGCUCUGGAACUCCUGGAAGACCUGGCAUCAAUGGCAGUCCUGGUUUGAUUGGGGCUCCUGGUGCGGUUGGGGAGCCAGGAGACAUAUUUAUUGCUCCGGGUCUGAAAGGAGAUAAAGGCUAUCCGGGUCUCAGCGGUUCACCUGGAAAACCAGGUCUGGAUGGAAUCCCAGGGAGAGAUGGCCAACCCGGCGUUCCUGGCCACAAAGGAGAACCUGGUAAAGAUGGCAUAAAGGGUGAUCGCGGAGCGAUUGGGGACCCUGGUCUUAUAGGUCCCCCGGGAGAGAGGGGUCCCCCAGGUCUGCCAGGCUAUGGGCGUCCUGGGCUUACUGGGGACAAGGGGAGUCAAGGAAGGGCUGGUAUCCCAGGAUCACCAGGAGCCCCUGGUGCAAAAGGUGAACCAGGUCAAGGCGUGAGCACCCCUGGCCCGCAAGGUGUACCUGGACCACAAGGAGAACCUGGUAGAGAUGGUCAUCAAGGUUUACCAGGUCUUCAAGGAGACUCAGGAUCACCAGGUUUUCCGGGACAGAAGGGUGAUCAAGGACCACCAGGGAUUGGAUUUCCAGGACCAACUGGUGCCAAAGGAAUCAAUGGAAUUCCAGGAGCUCCGGGAUUGCCAGGAGAGGCUGGAAGACCUGGGCAGGAUGGUAUUUCUGGACGUCCUGGUCCACAAGGACAAAAAGGUGAACCAGGAAUGGGCCUCCCUGGCCAAAAAGGUUCACAGGGUCCUCCUGGAAAUAUCGGCUUUCCUGGGGAGAAAGGUAACACAGGAUUGCCUGGUGUUCCUGGGCGAGAAGGCCCGGCAGGACCACCGGGACUUCAGGGUCUAAAAGGUAACAUUGGACUCCCUGGACCUGCUGGAGCGGCAGGGUUACCAGGUCCUCCUGGAAAGGGCUUACCAGGAGCUCCAGGACCACGUGGACAAACUGGAGAGCCUGGUCCAUUUGGUAGAGUAGGCGAAAAAGGGGAUAGGGGAUAUCCAGGUCCUCCCGGCAUUGACAUGCCAGGACCACCAGGAGAAAAAGGAAUCAGUGGGUUCCCUGGCGCCCCCGGUGUAACAGGACUGCCAGGACUACCAGGCUUGCCAGGACGGGAUGGACUGAUAGGAAACCAGGGUGCAAAGGGUGAAAUGGGGGUCAUUGGGACGCCAGGAUUACCAGGAUUUCCCGGACCACCUGGUUCACCUGGGAGUCACGGCUUGAGAGGUGAUCCUGGUCUUCCUGGUUCAAGAGGACAACCUGGAGAUUCUGGACUUAAAGGAGAAAGGGGAGAAAUGGGUCUUCAGGGCCCUCCGGGGAACAUGAGUAAAGUUGACAUGGAGCAUAUGAAAGGGGAAAAGGGAGAUCUUGGAGAUCCAGGAAACCCUGGAAUAACAGGCCAGAAAGGCUUCCGCGGACUACCUGGAGACCCUGGACUGCCGGGAAAAAAUGGAGAACCUGGUUUACCAGGACAGCCAGGUCAGAAAGGAGACAGUGGCAAUCCUGGAGAACCAGGCAGUAUGGGCCCCCCUGGACAGAAGGGAAGUGCCGGCGAGAUGGGAAUACCAGGUCCAGUCGGUCCAAAAGGUCUAAAAGGUGAUAUAGGUACACCAGGCCACCCUGGUUUCAGAGGAACUGAUGGAGCAAAAGGGGACCGUGGAUCACCUGGUGAGCCAGGUAUUGGGCUCCCAGGAUUUCCAGGAGAAAGGGGACAACCUGGCCAACCAGGAUUCCCAGGACAACGAGGAGAAAAGGGUCUGAAGGGUCACAUGGGAAUGCCUGGCAUGCCGGGACAGCAAGGAGUUAAAGGAGACAAAGGAACAUUUGGCAUUGCAGGCCAGCCAGGAAUACCUGGUGAGAAGGGUAUCCCAGGGCUGCCAGGGUCUGCAGGAGAGCCUGGUCUUGAUGGUCGGCCAGGUGAAGGUGGCUUGCCAGGACCCCCUGGUCCAGCUGGAGAGAAAGGAGAAGCUGGUGUUGAUGGAAUUCCUGGAUCCUCAGGGGAGAGAGGAGAUCCUGGUUUACCUGGUCUUAGUAUUCCAGGACCCCCGGGAGAACUAGGUAGCAAAGGUGAUAAAGGUAGCCCUGGGUUCCCGGGCACCCCAGGCUAUCCCGGCGUGCCUGGCAUUAAAGGUGACAAGGGACUUCCUGGCAAUCAGGGGCGCCAAGGUGAACAAGGGGAACCUGGUCUACCAGGAUUCGCUCUAGAGGGCCCUAAAGGAAAUCAAGGAGAACCAGGACAGCCUGGUGAACCAGGAAUUGUUGGCACUCCAGGACCUUCUGGUCAGCCGGGUCAAAAUGGCCAGAAGGGAGACAAAGGAGACCAAGGUCUACCAGGAUUCCAAGGAGAGUCAGGGCAAAAGGGUGACUCUGGAACACCUGGAUUUCCGGGGCCAGCUGGUCUUCCAGGUGUUCAUGGUCCCAAAGGAGAGAGGGGACAACAAGGAGUUCCUGGCUUCCCAGGUUCAAAGGGGGCUCAAGGUGACUUUGGAUUCAAAGGAGAACUUGGGGAUCGAGGAUUCCAAGGAGAAAAGGGCAAUGUUGGACCCCCUGGUCCUCCUAGUCCACACACAUUCAUCAAAGGAGAUGUUGGUCUGCCAGGUAUCACAGGUUUUCCAGGGCCGCAGGGACCAUCUGGUCUCCCGGGACAUAAAGGACAGCAAGGUCUGACAGGUGUUCCUGGUCCAAAAGGAGAAGAUGGCCUCCCUGGAUAUCAUGGACAACCAGGAUCCAAAGGCGAAUCUGGUCUGCCUGGGCCUCAAGGACCCAGAGGGUUUCCUGGCCCGCCAGGACCUGAUGGUGUUCCAGGCCAAGUAGGACCACCAGGCCCGUCCUCUAUGGAUCACGGUUUCUUGGUGACUCGGCAUAGUCAGACAGUGGAAGUUCCUCUUUGUCCGGAAGGCACCUCACCUAUAUAUGAUGGCUACUCACUGCUGUACGUACAAGGCAACGAACGCUCUCAUGGGCAGGAUCUAGGUACGGCAGGAAGCUGUCUAAGGAAGUUCAGCCCCAUGCCCUUUUUGUUUUGCAACAUCAACAACGUCUGCAACUUUGCCUCCCGUAACGACUACUCAUACUGGCUCACUUCGCCAGAGCCUAUGCCAAUGAGUAUGGCACCUAUCACAGGUGAAAGCAUCAAGCCCUUCAUCAGCAGGUGCGCAGUAUGUGAAGCUCCAGCCAUGGUGAUUGCGGUUCACAGUCAGACAAUCAUGAUCCCUCCGUGCCCGUCUGGUUGGGACUCUCUGUGGAUCGGAUACUCCUUCGUCAUGCAUACCAGCGCAGGUGCUGAGGGCUCAGGCCAGGCUCUAGCUUCUCCCGGUUCCUGCUUGGAGGAGUUCAGAAGCGCUCCUUUCAUCGAAUGUCACGGUCGAGGAACCUGCAACUAUUAUGCCAACUCCUACAGUUUCUGGCUGGCGACGAUUGAAGACAGUGAGAUGUUUACGAAACCCGUCCCAACGACGCUAAAAGCAGGAAAUCUGCGAACACACAUAAGUCGCUGUCAGGUGUGCAUGAAGAGGACAUAA